UAAAAUUUCAGCAACUGAAUCAUUCUAUCACAGAAAUCAUGGCUUGCAGUGAACAUAGAAAACUUCAUAUGUUGCCAAUUCUGACCUACUUCUUGUUCUUGUGGUGGAUUACCUGUGUUCAUGUUGAAGCCACCAGUAAUAUUUUGAAGCCAGGUGAUACCUUGAAUGCCACAGAAGGAGCCAAAUUGUGUUCAGAAAAGGGUACAUAUUGCAUGUACUUUGGCACAACAUAUGAUGAUGAGAAUGUUGCAAACUUAUAUAUAUAUGCUCAAAAGGAUGAGUGGGCUGUGUGGACUGCUAACAGAGACCAACCUGUUGACACAAAUUCUGCAGUUCUAGCAUUGAAUCAUUCUGGGGUACUCAAAAUAGAAUCUGCAUCUCUGAAGAAACCAAUUAUUCUGUAUUCUCCUCCUCAACCUAUCAACAACACUGUGGCCAUGUUGUUGGACACAGGCAACUUUGUGCUUCAGCAACUUCACCCCAAUGGGUCUAAAAUGGGUGUGUUGUGGGAAAGUUUUGAUUUUCCCACUGAUACUUUGCUGCCAGGGAUGAAGUUAGGUGUGAACCUUAAAACUGGUCGGAAAUGGUCACUGGUUUCAUGGUUGAGUAAGCAUCUUCCCACUCCUGGUUCAUUCAGCCUUGAAUGGGAGCACAAAACAAAGCAGUUGAUGAUCAAGAAAGAACAAAAGCUUUACUGGGCUGCUGGUGAAAACGAGUUGCAGAACAUCAUGGGGGAGGCUUAUGACAACAUCGUGUUUGUCUCAAAUGAAAAUGAAGCUUACAUCACACUGAAAAGUUCUGAUGAAGAUCUUACAAAAUGGACACUGUUGUCCACUGGACAGUUGAUAAACAGGAAUGGAGGUGAUGUUGCAAGGGCUGAUCUGUGUUAUGGAUACAACACAGAUGGAGGGUGCAGAAGAUGGGAGGAUCUACCCUAUUGCAGAGAUUCUGGUGAUGCAUUUGAACUGAAGCAAGGUUAUGCCAAUCUUGACUUGGACUUGAAAAGACAUGAAGAAAAUUCAAGUUAUGGUGUAAAUGAUUGCCAAGCUAUUUGCUGGAGCACCUGCAGCUGUGUUGCAUUCACUCAUCUUUAUGAUAAUGAAACUGGUUGCACCUUCUUUCUCUGGAAUUCAACCAAGGGUACCAAUAUUGCAAGCGAGGGUGACAAGUUUUACAUGCUAGUAAAGACCAACCAUAACAAGACACAAAAAAAAUGGAUAUGGCCAAUUGUUGCGAUAGGAGCUACUAUACUCGUAAUCUGCCUUUGCCUUCUGUGUUGUAGAGUGUUAAGGAAAAGAAAACAUGACCUUGAAGAGCUGAAAACAAAAAGAAUGGGGAUUGAAAAUGAGGAUCUUGAAGCUUCCAGCACCUCUUCUUGUGCAGAAAAACUAGAAGUUGUUUUAAAGGAGGAACAUGACUUGAAAGUUUUUAAGUAUGCAUCAAUAAUGGAGGCCACAAAUGACUUUUCAUCUGAAAACAAGUUAGGACAAGGUGGUUUUGGACCUGUUUACAAGGGAAUUCUAUCUACAAUGCAAGAAGUUGCUGUGAAGAAACUUUCAAAAUCUUCUAGACAAGGUCUAGUGGAAUUCAAAAAUGAAUUAACAGUCAUAUCUAAACUUCAACACACAAAUUUGGUUCAGCUACUCGGUUACUGCAUUCACGAAGAAGAGAGGAUUUUGAUAUAUGAAUACAUGCCUAACAAAAGCUUGGACUGCAUUUUAUUUGAUUCUGCACAAAAUCAGCUGCUAGAUUGGAAUAAGCGUUUCAGUGUAAUAGAAGGAAUUGCUCAAGGAUUACUAUACCUUCACAAAUACUCAAGACACAGAAUCAUUCACAGAGACUUGAAGGCUAGCAACAUACUCCUUGAUGAGAAUAUGAACCCCAAAAUUUCUGAUUUCGGCAUAGCAAAAAUGUUCACACAGCAGGAUUCUGAAUCAAACACAACCAGGAUUGUAGGCACUUAUGGUUACAUGUCUCCUGAAUAUGCCAUGGAAGGGGUUUUCUCAACAAAAUCUGAUGUGUAUAGCUUUGGAGUGUUGCUCUUUGAAAUUGUUAGUGGCAAAAGAAACAAUAGCUUCUACACUGAAGAAAGACAACUGAAUCUAGUAGGACAUACAUGGGAGCUAUGGAAAGAAGGUGAGGUUCUUAAGUUGGUGGAUCCAUCACUGAAUGAUUCAUUUUCAGAAGAUGAAGUGGUGAGAUGUGUGCAUGCUGGUCUGUUAUGUGUGGAAGAAAAUGCAGAUGAUCGCCCUUCUAUCUCCAACGUUGUAUCUAUGUUAACCAACAAAACUAAAGUGACUACUGUGCCUAAAAAACCAGCAUAUUAUGUUAGAACAAAAGUUCUUGGGGAAGAAACAUCCACUAAAGAAUUUGGUUUAGAUUUUUCACACGAGAAUUCUCUUAAUGUUUGUUCAAUUUGAUGGCAAAAAGUUACCAUUUUAGAGUAUUAAUUACUUGUGAAGUUGUUGUUAUUUCAUUAUGACAGAUAUGGUUGGUUGCUAUAUAUUGGUUGCUGCAUAUACACCACCCUUUGUAUCAAUAUACUGUUGAAUAUAGAGUUGAUUCAUAGUAUUACUGCUUUGU